GCCAGAAGACAUCUGGAUCAUCUCAACAAUGUGACCAGCACGAUUCUUUAGUCCUAAAGAGUUUGUGGAGUUUACUGUUGGUUAUUUAUAGGUUCUGCACUACUGAAGUAAUUAGAUGCAUGUAGCAUCCAACGGUGGACUACGACGGUCCAGUGCAGUCUAUAUUCAAUGAGAUGUGAAUUUUACCCUCUAAUGCUUCCUGAUCUUAAUGAAGGGACAACCACAAGAGGAGACAGCAGGGGACACAUUCAGCUACAACAGAGCUCUCCAAUACAAGGGACACUAUCAGUACAUUUAACACUAUCAAAAAGAGACUGAAGGUGUGAAAGAAAGAAAGAAAGAAAGAAAGAAAGAAAGAAAGAAAGAAAGAAAGAAAUGAGCUCUCUUAUAACAGAUGUAUGGUAGUGUGUAGGUGUGAAACUGCCUGGCGCACAUCAAGGACAAUAUCUGGAUAUGCUGUCACUGUUUUUCGACUAUUAAACACGAAUACACACGGGAGAAAGACUGCGUUUGGUGGCCAUGUCGUUAAAGUAGUGUGUAUUCGUCAAAAUAUGUCAGGAUAACCCAAAACCCCGCGUUAAAAAGGCAAUAUUGAGUUAUUAUUUGCGCGCCGCGUGUAUGUUUAGAUGCCCGCGAAAACUCUCCCGCGCAAAUGAAUACAUAAAUCUAGACUUGCGCUUUAACUCUUUGUCUGACUAAAUCUACACUCGCAAGCCAUGGCUCUACGGCCAACUCUCAUCUUCAUUCUCUCUCUGAUUGGCUGCUGCGCUCUUGAGGACCAACCCAAAGUUACAGCCCCGCCUCCUUCUCGAGGGUGUGGCGCUGCAGUGGACCCGCCCUACAGAGUUCUCUGCGAUCUGGAGUCAGUUUGGGGUGUAGUUUUAGAAGCUAUAGCAUGCGGUGGAACUGUAUCUGCAUUAAUUUUAAUAGUGAUUCUCCUAGCCAAACUAAAAACGGUAACGGAGCCGGAGAAGCGAUGUGGCAUCGGCCCCCUCCUCCUCCUAUUGGCCGGAACGGUGGGUCUUUUCAGCCUAUCGCUGGUCUUCCUGGUGGGGCGUGGCGAGGUGCUCUGUGUGGUUCGUCGUGGGCUCUGGGGGGCGCUGUUUGCGCUGUGUUUCUCAUGUUUGUUGGUGCAGGGGGUGCGAUUGAAGAAGCUAGUCGCGGGAAGGCGGAGCCCAGCUGGGAGCUCUCUCGCUGCGGUGGUGUUUGCACUAACCGCGGUCCAGGGUGUCAUCGCUGGAGAGUGGCUAUUGCUUACGGUGGCCCGUGAAGGACAUGAAGCAUGUGAUUACCUGCCUUUAGACUUUGUGUUAGUGUGUAGCUAUGCUCUAGCAUUGUUGCUGGCGGCUACUGUGUUGUCGUUGGGCGUCGUGCUAUGUGGAGGUGGCAACAGGGAGGAGUCGAACCGGAAAAGAAUGAAAUGGAGGUGUAACGGCGUUUGGCUAUUUCUCACGUGUCUUUCAUCUCUUCUCCUCUGGGUCGCCUGGCUAGUGCUCUAUCUCUAUGGCAGCGCCACCAUUGUGACCGUGGCGAAGGACUGGGAUGAGCCAGCACUGGCAGUUGCCUUGGUGACAGAGGGGUGGGUGCUUUUGUUAUUUCACGCCAUUCCAGAAGCCCACCUGUGUUUGCGUCCAGCCUCUCAGAGGAAUGCAGACACGGGGCAAAACUACUACGACGCCCCUCAGCCCCUUGCUCCACAGGGUUACCAUGAUGACGAGCGGUCGUCCAAUCCCAGAGCUCCGUACACAGAGAGCCAGGCGUACUCUGUAGAAGAGCACAGUGCAGUUCUGCAGGCUGGAGGUUUUCAUAAUGGAUUGAUACGACCUGCUCUGCCGUUUCGCAGUCAUGUUUAUCAGCCCACUGAGAUGACCUUGCUCAUGAAUGCAGGAACGAUCCCGACUGCCCCUCCAAACUUCACAAGGAGGCAUCUGUGGUGAGAGUGGUUGCCAUGGCAAUAACAUCCUCUUCUCCCCCAUGAAGGAUUCACAUUGGGUGGAAAGUGAAAGUCAAAAGGCACUUUAAUGAGGUUCCAUGUUAAUCAUUUGGAAAUGCUCUUGUUGUGGGGGCAAGCAAAUUUUGCACAAGCUGUUUAAAAUUGAUGUGUGUAAAAAAGUAUUUUCUCCUAACCCACUUUAAUGUGCAGAUUCAGCUGUAAUAAGUGUAGCAUUCGUAGGUUAAUUCCCACCAAAAUUGUAAAUACUGUGGCUCUAUCAAAACAUUGCUCUGUUUGUUUGAGCGGUCCGACAUUUAACUUCUGGCUCAGUCAGUGGAAUGAGUUCGGGACGGGACUAUCCAAACGGGGGCGGGCCAGAAUGAUACACUUCAGCUUUUAAGUGGGCCACCUUUAAAGCACAAAUUACAAGAGGUGUUACAUUUGAUUUCACUUACUCAAAAUAGUCAUUCUAAACAACGUCAGUUUAAAUUAGAUUACAUUUUCAGACAAAUCAUGCACUGAAAGAGUGAAAGAAAAUGACAGAAAGAGUAUUAAUUCAUUCCUAGCCUUACAGUUAAUGCAAAUAUUCCCGCAUUUCACUUUUAAAUAUAUAAUCAAAUUCUCUUUAUUUAAAUAGCAAAAUUAAAGUAUUUACAUCUGUCUCUUUUUAAACUUUUAAAAUUGUAUCUUUUUUGUCUGUUUGUUUUUGAUAUCACAUAAACACUCUUUUUCCAAGCUUUGCACGCUGAUUGACCGUAAUUCUUUAUACAGUUGAUGCUAUACAUCUAUUGUUGUUUAUUUAUAACGUGUUUGAUUUUGAGAUGGUUGUAUUUCU